GGGCGGGGGAUGUGUGAGGGUGCUGGAAGACGGUUCGUGUAUGAGCGUGUGGAUUCUGCAAACGUCGGUUUGGGUCUCUGUCUGUCACUGUGUGUUUCAGAUUUUUGAAAGUGGAGUUUUUCCCCAGGACUGGCGUUAUGUCAUUCCCGCUGGAAACAAUUUUCUUCUCUGCAGUUGCCCCACUGUACUGGCUAGGAGCUUUGACCGCAGGCUGGCUCUUCCUGCGCGCUGGCGGCCUGCUUGCUACCGGUUUUCGUGUGUGGGUGUUGGGGAACGGUCAGCAGGUGGGACCGCAGCUCGGCAAGUGGGCAGUUGUCACCGGAGCUACAGAUGGAAUUGGAAAAGCCUAUGCUGAGGAGCUGGCUCGCAGAGGAAUGUGUGUCGCUCUCAUCAGCAGGUCCCAGGAGAAACUGGACCAAGUUUCCAAUGAGAUCAGGGAGAAGUUCCAAGUUGACACCACGACUAUCGCCGUGGAUUUUGGACAGGGGGUUGGGAUCUACCAGACGAUCGAAAAGGGACUGGCAGGGCUGGAGAUCGGCGUACUGGUUAACAACGUGGGGAUCUCCUACAACUACCCAGAGUACUUCCUUGAUGUCCCUGACCUUGAUAACAUGAUCAACAACAUGAUUAGCAUCAACGUCACGUCGGUCUGUCAGAUGACACGGUUGGUGCUGCCAGGGAUGGUGGAAAGGUCCAAGGGGGCCAUUCUGAAUAUCUCCUCUGCAAGUGGCAUGUACCCAGUCCCCCUUCUCACACUCUACUCCUCCACAAAGGCAUUUGUUGAUUUCUUCUCUCGAGCAAUGCAUGCAGAGUACAAGAGCCGGGGGAUCAUUGUGCAGAGCGUCCUGCCUUUCUACGUGGCCACCAAGCUGAGCAAGAUCCGGCGGCCGACCCUGGACAAGCCCAGCCCUGCAGCCUAUGUGAAGGCAGCUCUGAGCACUGUGGGGCUGCAGGUCCAAACCAACGGCUACCUGCCUCAUGCACUGAUGGGCUGGGUGACCACAAGCCUGAUGCCACUGCAGAUGGUGAUGAACUACUCCAUGAAGAUGAACAAGGAGCUGCGUACUCGCUACUUGAAGAAGCAGAAGGCUCAGUAAAGAGGAAAGGAGCUUGCGAGGGAAGACUCCAAACAGUGGGCCAAACUACUAUAGGAAAUACAUGUUAUGUUUUGCAAUAAUACACAACUUUUAAAUUCUUGCUUUGAGGAAUCUUAACCAUUGAGAAAGCUAAAUUGCUAAAAUACCUCUGGGUUUGUCUCCUAUAUUUGUGUUACUGUGUGCUUGUCCAUUUUUAGUCUGUGUUGAGUAGACAAAUCAGUCUGGUAAACACAAUUUAUGCAGAGCCUUAUUAUCUAUGAUCAUAUGGAAUGUUGAAUUGUACAGAUUAGAAUAGGUCUGCAUAAUGAUGCAGUAGCUGUUUGCGUAUGUGUGUGAUUGAUUGAUUGAUUGAAUGAGGCUACACAAUUUUCAUACAGACUACUGUUUCUGUUGUAUUUUUGUCUGUAGAAGCUGUAUGGUUUUUUCUGGGUCUCUGCAUAUUGAAUAUAGUGCCGCUAUAGCAUUUUAUUGUACGCUAUCAUUACAUUGCAUUCACUGAUUGUAAACAUUUUAAACCAUAUGCAAAAAAAAAAUGUCAUCCCAUACCACAACACCAUAAAGCAAUUAUCUAUGCAGUUAUAAAAUGUCCAACCUGCUGCUGUUGUACAUACUUUUCAAAAUGAUGCACACACAAACUACCAACACUGUCCAAUUUAUUACAUAAAACAGAAUAUUUGCAGUACAAAUUUAGACAGAAAUCCUGACUGAAUCAACAUGUGUAUCGUAUGAUAAGUAUGUCUUUCAUUGCUGUGGUUGCUGAAUGUCAGUCUUGCUUUUCUUGAUAUAUUAACUGGACAGUAAGUGCACCCCAAGGCAGGAGACUGCGGAUUGAAUUUAUGGGAAUACAUAUGAUAACAAACUAACAAUAACAAGACAGCCAACAUUCAUCACCACAGAGUCCAAGUCUGACCCUGUUUGUCACUGUUCUGCAUGUUUUGGAUUUAGUGCUUAUGACUGUCAUACCAUUUUUACAGGAAAUCUUUAAAAGACUUCUCUGGGUGUACUGUGCCUUCAGCUUGAAGUGAAUUUGGAUUGUGUGUGUGUGUGUUUGUUUAUAUAUAAAGAAUAAAGAUGCAUCAUCUCUUUCUGAUGUUUAGGGAAGGUAAAAAAGAUCCUCUUUCAAGGAAAUAACAGUACAAACACAUAGUACAAAUUAUUUAAUACUGGAGUGCUUCAAAUCCAUAUUGCUGUAUACGAGUCUGAUCCACUUUCCAGAAAUGUCCUGUUGUGAGAUCACAAUACUGAUUUAAAUGGAACUUGUAGUGGAAAACAACUGCAAUUAACAAACCCAGUGGCCAUUGAUGAUCCAGACAGCCACACAGGAGAGACUGCAGAUACCAAAAUGCAGUUGGGUUUAGAGAUAAAGAGUAAACAGACACUCUGGGUCAUAUUUUCAGCCUGUAUUUAGUGGUACAAUAUGUAAUAUUAAUUUUACAAAACUAGAACCAAGCAACCAUGUUAUGUAGUUCACAUUCUCUUAAGCACUCUCGGGUGGUUUGUUUUUCUGUAAAAUGAACAUUCUCCUUUCAAAAAGUAGUAGUUUGUUUAAAGAAUGGAGAAAAAGCUUUGAAAAUAUGGUCCUCUGUCCUACAUCCACCCUGGCUUAGACAUUGAAAUCUUGCAAACAAUGUAGUUAAGAAAGCUGCUAUAUUGUGGGCAGGGAAGCUUGGAUGCUGAUACACUGCAUAUUGGAAAAACUAAAAGAAACUUAUCAAGCAGACAAGCGCUUUGGCUAAUGCAUUCCUUACUGUAGUGUUUGGCAUGCUUUUAGUUUUACCUCAGUUAUUUUAAUGGAUGAUUUCUAGAAACAGAUUAUGCAUCUUUACUGAAACAAAACUCAGUUUAUAGUAGUGAAAUAAACACAAAACCGAUGCAAUGGUGCUGAUGUACAGCUUCCCGAUGGGAAAGUCACUGGAUGUAAAGGGUGACGUGUGUGUUGUUGGUUCCGAACUUUAAGUGUUUGUCUGUAGUGGAAUUCUGGCUGUUUAGCUUGGAGGCUGCCUGUGAGUUAUCGCUUCGUGAAUGUAGGCUUUCUUGAAUGGAUUUGAGGUUUCCUAACAAUAAAACAUAAUCUGAA